CUAUGGACUUGAAGAAAAGUUCUUGGAGGCCAGUAAAGAACGAGCAGUGUUUGAGUUGUCAAAAGGACUGGACUCCAUUUCCCAGAGGGCAUCGCGGCACCGUCCUGGUUCUCCCUACCUUUGGUGUAGGUGAUACUCGGGAAGCGCCAGCCAGACGUGCCCCCGCUAUCCGAAUUGGUAGAUUCCACCGUCAGACUAGAUGGCUUUCCAGCCUAGGCGGCUGGGCACGUCCAAACUGCGUGCAGGGGGACCAAGAUGAGGUGUAGAGAAACUGUCAGAAAACCAUAGGGGCAGUUUAGCCUGAGAACCACUUUUAGAUCAACCACCGUUUCGUCAAGACGGGCUCUACAACCAAAUCGAAUUAAAAAUUCUUUGAGCAACCAAAACAAAAUGUAUUCCUUUGGAUUCUCCCCUUGACACCUACCCGCACUGGGCUGGCCCAGUGCUUCCCACCGCGUUCCCACUCCCACACCGAUAGGUGUGUGCGUAGCUGUCUUCUUCACUGCGCUCCGCUUGGUACAGCCGUGCCCCCCGGGCGGCGAAUGGUACGGCCCCAGCCCCCUCAGCCUCCCCCUCCUGCAGCAAGUCUGAGUGGUACGCGCCCCCCGGUGCAGACGCGGAACUGGUGCCCGCUCGCCGUGCCGCCGGGCUAGGAAGCGACGUGCGCUCCUCGGCCGGGAGAUGUCGGGAGGGCCUGGCAGGUCCCUCCCAGAAUUAUAUCAGAACUCCUCCUGGGAACACUGACUCCUUGCUUAGUGCCCUCAAGUUUCUCUGCGAUGAACUGGUGAAUCGGAACCAUGGUGCAAAAGAAGUUCUGCCCUCGGUUGCUUGACUAUCUAGUGAUCGUAGGGGCGAGGCACCCAAGCAGUGAUAGCGUGGCUCAGACCCCCGAACUGCUGCGGCGGUACCCACUGGAGGAUCACCCUGAGUUCCCCCUGCCCCCAGACGUGGUGUUCUUCUGCCAGCCAGAGGGAUGUCUGAGUGUGCGGCAGCGGCGCAUGAGCCUUCGAGAUGAUACCUCUUUUGUCUUCACCCUAACCGAUAAGGACACUGGAGUCACCCGCUAUGGCAUCUGCGUUAACUUCUACCGCUCUUUCCAAAAGCGAAUGCCGAAGGAAAAAGUGGAAAGUGGAGCAGGCCCCCGCGGGAAGGAAGGAACCCAGGCCCCCUGUGCCUCAGAAGAGGCUGCCACCGAGAGCUCAGAGAGCGGCUCAGCCUUGCAGCCUCCUAGCGCUGACUCCACACCCGAUGUGAACCAGUCUCCUCGGGGCAAGCGCAGGGCCAAGGCCAGCAGCCGCUCCCGCAACAGCACCCUGACAUCGCUGUGCGUGCUUAGCCACUACCCUUUCUUCUCUACCUUCAGGGAGUGUCUGUAUACUCUCAAACGUCUGGUAGACUGCUGUAGCGAGCGGCUGCUAGGCAAGAAACUCAGCAUCCCUCGGGGUGUGCAAAGGGACACCAUGUGGCGAAUCUUUACCGGGUCGCUGCUGGUGGAGGAGAAGUCCAGUGCCCUUCUGCACGACCUUCGAGAGAUUGAGGCCUGGAUCUAUCGGUUGUUGCGCUCCCCGGUACCCAUCUCUGGGCAGAAGCGAGUGGACAUCGAGGUUCUACCCCAGGAACUGCAGCCAGCCCUGACGUUUGCCCUUCCAGACCCUUCUCGAUUCACCCUAGUAGAUUUCCCGCUUCACCUUCCCUUAGAACUGCUGGGCGUGGAUGCUUGUCUUCAGGUGCUAACCUGCAUCCUGUUGGAGCACAAGGUGGUGCUUCAGUCUCGAGACUACAAUGCGCUCUCCAUGUCCGUGAUGGCGUUUGUGGCAAUGAUCUACCCGCUGGAGUACAUGUUCCCUGUCAUCCCGCUGCUGCCCACCUGCAUGGCAUCGGCAGAGCAGCUACUCUUGGCUCCGACCCCUUACAUCAUUGGAGUCCCUGCCAGCUUCUUCCUCUACAAGCUAGACUUCAAAAUGCCUGAUGACGUGUGGCUGGUGGAUCUGGACAGCAGCAGGGUGAUUGCCCCAACCAAUGCAGAAGUGCUACCCGUCCUGCCAGAACCAGAAUCAUUGGAGCUGAAAAAACACUUAAAGCAGGCCCUGGCCAGCAUGAGUCUCAACACCCAGCCCAUUCUGAAUCUGGAGAAAUUCCACGAGGGCCAGGAGAUCCCAUUUCUCUUGGGAAGGCCUUCUAAUGACCUUCAGUCGACGCCGUCCACAGAAUUCAACCCGCUCAUUUACGGCAAUGACGUAGAUUCAGUCGAUGUGGCCACUAGAGUGGCCAUGGUACGGUUCUUCAACUCUGCCAACGUGCUGCAGGGCUUUCAGAUGCACACGCGUACCCUGCGGCUCUUUCCCCGGCCUGUGGUAGCUUUCCAAGCUGGCUCCUUUCUGGCCUCACGUCCCCGGCAGACCCCCUUUGCGGAGAAGCUGGCCAGGACUCAAGCUGUGGAGUACUUUGGAGAAUGGAUCCUGAACCCUUGUAACUACGCCUUCCAACGGAUUCACAACAAUAUGUUUGACCCAGCCCUUAUUGGCGACAAGCCAAAGUGGUACGCUCACCAGCUGCAGCCCAUCCAUUACCGAGUCUAUGACGGCAAUUCUCAGCUGGCUGAGGCCCUGAGUGUGCCACCUGAACGGGAUUCCGAUUCUGACCCCACUGAUGACAGCGGCAGCGAUAGUAUGGAUUAUGAUGACUCAAGCUCCUCUUACUCGUCCCUUGGGGAUUUUGUCAGUGAAAUGAUGAAAUGUGACAUCAAUGGUGAUACUCCCAGUAAGUAUGCUUGGGAAGAGCGGCCACUACUAAGCAGGCAGGGCUUGGGUUUGGGGCUUAGGUGUCUCUACCUGUCUCUCUUGGUAGAUGUGGAUCCACUGACGCAUGCAGCCCUGGGAGAUGCCAGUGAGGUGGAAAUUGAUGAGCUUCAGACCCAGAAGGAGGGAGAGGAGCCUGGCCCAGACAGUGAGAACUCUCAGGAAAAUCUUCCGCUACGAUCCAGCUCCAGCACCACGGCCAGCAGCAGCCCCAGCACUGUCAUCCAUGGUGCCCAAGCUGAACCUGCUGAUUCUUCAGAGAUGGAUGAUAAAGCAGCAGCAGGCAUCUCUAAGCCCCUCCCUCCUGUGCCUCCCAGCAUUUGCAAAUCUACUGUGGACAGGAGACAGACAGAGACUGGAGAGGGAUCAGUGUGCCCUCGAGCCUUUGACAAUCCGUACUUCGAGCCCCAACAUGGCUCUCCCCCUGAGGAAGAUGACGAUGAGCAGGGGGAGAGCUAUACUCCCCGAUUCAGCCAGCAUGUCAGUGGCCAUCGGACUCAAAAGCUGCUGCGGCCCAACAGCUUGAAACUGGCCAGUGACUCAGAGGCAGAGUCAGACUCCCGAGCAAGCUCCCCCAACUCCACCGUCUCUAACAACAGCACCGAGGGCUUCGGGGGCAUCAUGUCCUUUGCUAGCAGCCUGUACCGGAACCAUAGUACAAGCUUCAGUCUUUCAAACCUCACCCUGCCCACCAAAGGUGCCCGAGAUAAGACCACGCCAUUCCCCAGCCUGAAAGUAUUUGGGCUAAAUACUCUAAUGGAGAUUGUUACUGAAGCCGGCCCUGGGAGUGGUGAAGGAAACAGGAGGGCCUUAGUGGACCAGAAGUCAUCUGUCAUUAAACACAGCCCAACCGUGAAAAGAGAACCUCCAUCACCCCAGGGCCGGUCCAGCAAUUCUAGCGAGAACCAACAGUUCCUGAAGGAAGUGGUGCACAGUGUGCUGGAUGGCCAGGGAGUGGGCUGGCUCAACAUGAAAAAGGUACGCCGGCUGCUGGAGAGCGAGCAGCUUCGAGUCUUUGUCCUGAGCAAGCUGAACCGCGCGGUGCAGUCCGAGGACGAUGCCCGGCAGGAUGUCAUUCAAGAUGUGGAGAUCAGCCGGAAGGUGUACAAGGGUAUGCUAGACCUCCUCAAGUGCACGGUCCUCAGUCUCGAGCAGUCCUAUGCCCAUGCAGGCCUGGGCGGCAUGGCCAGCAUCUUUGGGCUUUUGGAGAUUGCCCAGACCCACUACUAUAGUAAAGAGCCAGACAAACGGAAAAGAAGUCCAACAGAGAGUGUAAAUACCCCAGUUGGCAAGGACCCUGGUCUGGCUGGGCGGGGAGACCCAAAGGCUAUGGCUCAGCUAAGGGUCCCUCAGCUGGGUCCUCGGGCACCAAGUGCUACAGGAAAGGGUCCAAAAGAACUGGAUACGAGAAGUUUAAAGGAAGAGAAUUUUGUAGCAUCUGUCGAAUUGUGGAACAAGCACCAGGAAGUGAAAAAGCAAAAGGCUUUGGAAAAACAGAGGCCAGAGGUUACCAAGCCUGCCUUUGACCUUGGUGAAACAGAAGAGAAAAAGUCCCAGAUCAGCGCAGACAGUGGUGUGAGCCUGACAUCUGCUUCCCAGAGGACCGAGCCAGACGCUGUCAUCGGUGUGAGUCCAGCUGUUAUGAUCCGCAGCUCAAGUCAGGAUUCUGAAGUUAGCACCGUGGUGAGCAAUAGUUCUGGAGAGACCCUUGGAGCAGACAGCGACCUGAGCAGCAAUGCAGGUGAUGGGCCAGGAGGUGAAGGCAGUGCCCACUUGGCAAGUUCUCGGGCCACUCUAUCUGAUAGUGAAAUUGAAACCAAUUCUGCCACGAGCACCAUCUUUGGUAAAGCCCAUAGCUUGAAGCCAAAGGAGAAGCCGCCAGGCAGUCCAGUCCGCUCUUCUGAAGACGUAAGCCAGCGAGUCUAUCUCUAUGAGGGACUGCUAGGAAGGGACAAAGGAUCGAUGUGGGACCAGUUAGAGGAUGCUGCUAUGGAGACCUUUUCUAUAAGCAAAGAGCGUUCUACUUUAUGGGACCAAAUGCAGUUCUGGGAAGAUGCAUUCUUAGAUGCUGUGAUGUUGGAAAGAGAAGGGAUGGGUAUGGACCAGGGUCCUCAGGAAAUGAUUGACAGGUACCUGUCCCUAGGAGAACAUGACCGGAAACGCCUGGAGGAUGAUGAGGACCGCUUACUGGCCACACUUUUACACAACCUCAUAUCCUAUAUGCUGCUGAUGAAGGUGAACAAGAAUGACAUCAGGAAGAAAGUGCGGCGCCUGAUGGGCAAGUCCCACAUUGGGCUGGUAUACAGCCAGCAGAUCAAUGAGGUGCUCGAUCAGCUGACCAGCCUGAAUGGACGUGAUCUCUCCAUCCGGUCGAGUGGCAGCCGGCACAUGAAGAAGCAGACGUUUGUCGUGCACGCGGGGACAGACACGAAUGGAGAUCUCUUUUUCAUGGAAGUGUGCGAUGACUGUGUGGUGUUACGCAGUAACAUCGGCACAGUGUAUGAGCGCUGGUGGUAUGAGAAGCUCAUCAACAUGACUUACUGUCCCAAGACCAAGGUCCUGUGUCUGUGGCGUAGAAAUGGCUCCGAGACCCAGCUCAACAAGUUCUAUACCAAGAAGUGUCGGGAGCUGUACUACUGCGUGAAGGACAGCAUGGAGCGUGCUGCCGCCCGACAACAAAGUAUCAAACCCGGGCCUGAGCUAGGUGGUGAGUUCCCCGUUCAGGACAUGAAGACUGGAGAGGGUGGCUUGCUUCAGGUCACCCUAGAAGGCAUCAACCUCAAGUUCAUGCACAGCCAGGUUUUCAUAGAGCUGAAUCACAUUAAAAAGUGCAAUACAGUUCGAGGCGUCUUUGUCCUGGAAGAAUUUGUUCCUGAAAUUAAAGAAGUGGUGAGCCACAAGUACAAGACACCAAUGGCCCACGAGAUCUGCUACUCUGUGUUGUGUCUCUUCUCGUACGUGGCUGCAGUCCGUAGCAGCGAAGAAGACCUCCGAACCCCACCUCGGCCUGUCUCUAGCUGAUAGAGAGCGGUCACAUAGCUGGCCCAGCCCAGGGGUCACCCUUCACUUCUUGCUGCUCCUAAAGCGCCGAAGCUGCUGUGACUGAAAAGGGGACAGAGUGUGUGUGUGUGUGUGUGUGUGUGUGUGUGUGUGUGUGUGUGUGUGUGUGUGUUUUCUCUGCAAGCUCCUUCCCAUGGUGUAGCUGGUUUCGUU